AUCGCAAAUCACUCAUUCUCUUUCUUCUUCUUUCUUUUUCACAUUCUUUGCUUUCUAUUCUCUUUGUAUUUUUGUGUAUAUAAUGAAUACAUAAGCGAAGAUAAAAUGGAAUAAGGAUCACAAGAGUCUGCUCCUCUCUUCUGUCGACUCUCUCAUUCUCAGAUCUCUCAAUUUCUCUUGAUCCAACUUUUGAUGUGGUGAUUGGAUUGCUUGCCGAGAACCAGCAAAGAAACAGAAUGAUGUUCUUGUUGAUCUCUUCUGCAUCGGCAGUCAUUUUAACAGGCUCAAAUACACGCCACACGCACGAGUGUAUGCAUAUAUACAUUUAAUUCACCAUUUCACCGUUUGUGUUUUGGCUACAGGUGAGAGAUGGCACAGAUAUUGCUGCACGGGACUUUACAUGCAACGAUCUAUGAGGCGGAUAAGCUUCACAGUGAGGGUGGACCCCACUUCAUUCAGAAGCUCAUGGAAAACAUUGAGGAGAUAGUUGGUUUAGGCAAAGGAGUCAGUAAACUCUAUGCAACUAUUGACCUCGAAAAGGCUAGAGUUGGGAGGACUAGAAUUCUUGAGAAUGAACAAACCAACCCCAGGUGGUAUGAGUCUUUUCACAUUUACUGUGCACAUUUGGCAUCAAAUGUCAUAUUCACAAUCAAGGAUGAUAAUCCCAUUGGGGCAACCUUAAUUGGAAGAGCAUAUAUACCAGUUCAAGAGCUCCUAGAUGGGGAAGAGAUAGAUAGAUGGGUUGAGAUAUUGGAUGAAGACAAAAACCCUGUACGUGGUGGUUCUAAGAUCCAUGUGAAGCUGCAGUACUUUGAUGUUAGCAAGGACCCUAACUGGGGCCGGGGUAUCAGGAGUCCAAAAUAUCCUGGAGUGCCAUAUACAUUCUACUCACAGAGACAAGGAUGUAAGGUUUCUCUGUACCAAGAUGCUCAUGUCCCAGACAAAUUUUUUCCUAAAAUCCCUCUUGCUGGAGGCAAGUAUUAUGAGCCCCACAGAUGUUGGGAAGAUGUUUUUGAUGCAAUUACGAAUGCAAAACACUUGAUCUACAUCACUGGCUGGUCUGUUUAUGCUGAAAUUAGCUUGGUAAGGGAUUCAAGGAGGCCAAAGCCAGGAGGAGACAUCACUCUUGGCGAGCUGCUUAAAAAGAAGGCAAGCGAAGGUGUUAGGGUUCUUAUGCUUGUUUGGGAUGACAGAACCUCAGUUGGUUUAUUGAAAAAGGAUGGACUGAUGGAGACUCAUGAUGAAGAAACUGAACAUUACUUUCACAAUACUGAUGUAUAUUGUGUCCUAUGUCCCCGAAAUCCUGAUGACGGUGGAAGCAUAGUUCAGGAUAUAGAAAUUUCUACCAUGUUCACUCAUCACCAGAAAAUUGUGGUGGUGGAUAGUGCAAUGCCAAAUGGAGAUUCCCAAAGGAGGAGAAUUGUUAGCUUUGUAGGGGGUAUUGACCUAUGUGAUGGGAGAUAUGAUUCCCCAUUUCAUUCUCUUUUCAGGACAUUGGACACAGCGCAUCAUGAUGAUUUCCAUCAGCCCAACUUUGCUGGUCAUUCAAUCGAAAAAGGUGGUCCAAGAGAACCUUGGCAUGACAUCCACUCCAGACUUGAAGGACCUAUUGCUUGGGAUGUCCUGUUUAAUUUUGAGCAGAGAUGGAGAAAGCAAGGAGGUAAAGAUCUGCUUGUUCAGCUGAGAGAACUGGAAGAUAUCAUCAUUCCCCCCUCUCCGGUUAUGUACCCUGAUGACUAUGAGACAUGGAAUGUCCAGUUGUUUAGAUCCAUUGAUGCUGGGGCUGCAUUUGGUUUCCCUGAGACUCCUGAAGAUGCUGCCAGAUCUGGGCUUGUCAGUGGGAAGGAUAAUAUCAUUGAUCGGAGCAUUCAAGAUGCUUAUAUCCAUGCCAUUCGAAGGGCAAAGAAUUUCAUUUAUAUCGAAAAUCAAUAUUUCCUUGGAAGUUCAUUUGGUUGGGCUCCUGAUGGUAUUAAGCCUGAAGAUAUUAAUGCAUUGCAUGUAAUCCCAAAGGAACUAUCACUGAAGAUAGUUAGCAAGAUUGAGGCUGGGGAGAGGUUCACUGUGUACAUUGUUGUCCCAAUGUGGCCAGAGGGUAUCCCUGAGAAAGGAUCGGUUCAGGCAAUAUUAGAUUGGCAGAGGAGGACAAUGGAAAUGAUGUAUAAAGAUGUUGUGCAGGCUCUUCGAGCCAAGGGUAUUGAGGAGGAUCCUCGAAACUACUUGACAUUCUACUGCCUCGGGAACCGCGAAGUGAAGAAGAGCGGUGAAUAUGAACCUUCUGAAAGACCAGAGUCUGAUUCAGAUUAUUUAAGAGCUCAGGAGGCCCGGCGCUUCAUGAUUUAUGUUCAUGCAAAGAUGAUGAUCGUUGAUGAUGAAUACAUAAUAAUUGGGUCUGCCAACAUCAACCAAAGAUCAAUGGAUGGUGCUAGGGACUCAGAAAUAGCCAUGGGAGCUUAUCAACCAUAUCACUUGUCAACCAGGCAGCCAGCACGAGGUCAAGUUCAUGGCUUCCGUAUGGCAUUAUGGUAUGAACACCUUGGCAUGCUUGAUGAUGCCUUCCUUAUUCCAGAAAGUGAGGAGUGUGUCAGGAAGGUGAACCAGAUUGCAGACAAAUAUUGGGAUCAAUAUUCAAGCGAGACACUUGAACAUGACUUACCUGGUCAUUUGCUCCGCUAUCCUGUUGGAAUUGCUAGUGAAGGAGAUGUGACACAUCUCCCUGGAACCGAAUUCUUCCCUGACACCAAGGCUCGAGUUCUAGGUGCCAAAUCUGAUUACCUCCCUCCUGUCCUUACAACAUAAUGGAAGUCUAUGCAGUUAUCAAGUAAUAGCCUCCUAAUCAUUGAGUAAUUUUAUAGUGGAAGAACAAUACAUGUAAGCAAGUUACAUGGAAUGCUAAGCCACUACAAAGUUAUCAUGUAAGUAAUUAUGGUUAUUAAAAUUAGUUUAAAAACACUGCAUGGUGGUUACAAAUUUGUGAGACUCGCUCACAUAUGUGUAUAAUAUUAGACUAUCUUACAUGAAAUCAUAUAUAUAAAUAUUAUAUAGUUUUUCCUUA